AUGGCGAGCUCUGGUUUCAUGGAUGCCGUUCCCUGCGCCGCCGACUCUUUCCAGUCGGAACCUUUCGACGAUGCCCUCUUUCCCUGGUUGCAGGAUUUGUCACGGAGUGAAAUGGGCGAGCUUUCUGGUCCUUCAGUCGAGCCAGUUGAUCUUCUUGGUGGCAAUCUAGACCUCACCCUAGAGUUACCUCAGAUCUCCAAUUUUCUCGAAAAUGGCAGUAGACAACAUGAGUCGUGA